GCCAUAGCAACGGGACGCCAUGGGCCUGGACUACUACGCCGUGUUGGAGCUGGACCGCGGGGCCACCGCCGACGACAUCAAGAAGGCCUACCGGAGGCUGGCCCUGCUGUACCACCCCCUGAAAUGCAAGGAGCAAUGGGGACCCUCGAGGUUCCGGCAGCUGGCAGAGGCCUACGAUGUGCUCAGCGACCCCAUGAAGAAAGGCAUCUACGACAAGUUUGGAGAAGAGGGGCUCAAGGGGGGCAUCCCCCUGGAGCUGGCCAGCGACAACCCCUGGAGCGUGGGAUACGUGUUCCACAACAACCCCGAGAGAACCUUCAAGGAGUUCUUUGGGGGGGACAACCCCUUUGCAGAAUUCUUUGCUGAGGAUGGCUCGGAGGUGCUCCUGCCCUUCGGAGGGCCCCGGGGCCGGGGGGCGCUCCGGCAGGACCCCCCCAUCGUCCGGGACCUCUACGUGUCCCUCGAGGAUCUGUUCCACGGCUGCACCAAGAAGAUCAAGAUCUCCCGCAGGUUCUGGAGCCACCAUGGACUACAAUCCCAUCCUUUCCCUGUUCUCUGCUGGCUUGUGCCGGGGGAUUGGAGCAGUCCUGACCCUCCCCAGGUGAUGAACGAGGACGGCCAGACCAGCACCAUCAGGGAUAAGAUCCUGACCAUCGACGUGCAGCCGGGAUGGAAGCGCGGCACCAGGAUCACCUUUGAGAAGGAAGGAGACCAGGGCCCCAACGUCAUUCCAGCCGACAUCAUCUUUGUUGUCCAAGAGAAGCUUCACUCAAGGUUUAAAAGAGUCGACAACAACCUCAUUUACGUCGCCUCAAUCCCGCUGGGAAAGGCACUGACGGGAUGCACCCUGGAUGUGUGGACGCUGGAUGGGAGGCUGCUCAACAUCCCCAUCAACGACAUCGUGGACCCCAGGUACUGCAAGGUGGUUCCCGGGGAGGGAAUGCCACUGCCCCAGGACCCCGAGCAGAAGGGGGAUCUCCUCAUCUACUUCAACAUCUGCUUCCCCAAGAGCCUCAGCCCCGAGCUGAAAACCCUCCUGAAAGACGCCCUGGUGCCCGAGGAGCACUGACCUUCCCCCUCUCCUCCCUGAACACCUCCCUGCUGCAGCUCAAUAAAGUCCAUUUUGGUGUUC